AAUGUCCAAGGCUCUUUACUUUCUGAAAGUUUAACUGGGACCAAGACUGUUUUAGCAGAUAGAGAUCCAUUAAAAUGCAUUUGGAUCAAGAUGCCUCUCUCAGUAGUAGCUUUUGACAUGUCUAAACCUGAUGGGAAACGUAACCUGUUUUCUGGUUUAUACUCCUUCAGCCAGGCCAGUGAGGGCCUCGUGAAUCCCAGACCCUCCCGGCCGCUCACCCUGUGCCUCCACAAGCGGGACUUCCUUCCCGGACGCUGGAUUGUGGACAACAUUAUGAGUGCCAUGGAGCGCAGCCGGCGGACUGUCUUCAUCCUCUCAGAGAACUUCGUCCAGUCUGACUGGUGUCGCUAUGAGCUGGACUUCUCCCACUUUUGGCUUUUUGAUGGCAACGCCGGGAAAGACGCGGCCAUCCUGAUCCUCCUGGAGCCACUGUCCAAAGACGACGUCCCCAAACGGUUCUGCAAGCUGCGCAAACUCAUGAGCUCCACCACCUACCUGGAGUGGCCCCAGGAGGAGGAGAAGAGGAGGGAGUUCUGGAGGAGUCUCCGCAACGCUCUGGGAGGAGAGGAGGAGGAUGACUGA